CCCUGUUGAAGUCGUUGUUCCUUCAGCCCUGACAACAUUGACCGUGUCCUCCUAAUACGUAUAUUGAGAAUCUGUUUUCCUAUAUGCUUAUAUUCAGUUAUUAUUUCCUCUCAGUGUGAAUGGCUGUUGAGUUGGAACACCGUUAAAUAAACCGUUUCAGCUUCAGCGCUCGUCUAAGGUCAAGGUGCCUCAGACCUGGGAUGUCAUCUCCAGAAAAAGAAACUGGGAAGGCAACUUCCAAAGAGAGCGGCUUCAGAACCCCAGGGUUAAAGGGGGCUCAAACCACAACUCUUUUCCGUGCCAUUAACCCGGAGCUCUUCAUCAGACCUAACAAGCCAGUCAUGGCUUUUGGACUGGUGACAAUCUCCCUCUGCGUAGCAUACAUUGGUUACCUUCACGCAACUAAAGAGAAUGACCAACAGCUGUAUGAAGCGAUUGACAGCGAGGGGGAGAGGUACAUGAGGAGAAAAACCACAAAAUGGGACUGAUCUUGCCUAAUGAUGAAAACGUUCUUAAGAUGCAAGGGGGAAGAUCGAGUCGAUGAACAUUUGAAACAUUGUAACACGAGAUCUCCGUUUAACAGUUUAAUUUCAAAUAAUGUUCUUUAUUUGUACGGGACAAAUAAAUAGUCACUUGGGGAACCUGUCAGAUAUGUGUUCCUUGAUAUAGGCUAUCUGCAUUUUGACUCUACUUUUUUGGUGUAUAGUGAGACGUCAAACUGGCUAUGGGUAUGGCCAAGGUAUAAUCAAAAUGUAGUGUUAUUCACAAUGUGUUAUGUAAUGAAUGACUGAUAUAGCAAGACUCUCUCCCCAUAUGGUUGUUGGCCUUCCGUGCUAACACAUCUGUUAUUGUUAGCCAUAUAAUUUCUGUUUGUCAGUAUGUUCCAUCACAGUCUUUCAUAAAAUGGAACUCCUUCA